AUGCACGCCGCACGUGGCUUGUUUCCCCGUCAAGAUACCCCUUCGAUGUCCCGCGUCCAGAGGCUGGCUGUCUCCGCAGGGAGCUCGCCAUUUUUUGUACGGAUCUUGCCUCGGAUCUCCCUCGUGAUCCUCAUCUUUUGUGUCGUCUAUCAAUAUUUGGUCUUCGGUCAAUACGAUCCGUACAGAUGUAAGAGCCUGCUUUCGAGCGGCAGAUGGCGCUCCAGUCAUGACUCUAGCCUACCGAGGGAUGUUUUCAAAAAAUGGGAACCCGAAGACUGUCGAAUGCGUGAAAUGUCCCGCGAGGAUGUGUCGAAUUGUUUCAAGGACCGUCGAAUGGUCUUUAUCGGUGAUUCUACUAUGCGCCAGAUCUACUUCGCCGCCAUGACGAGGCUUGACCAUCACGCCGCUGAAAGAGCUAUCCUCGACUUCGCCGUCUCUAAGGAAAAGCAUCUUAAUCUUUCGAGGGAGGUCGAGGACGUUAAACUUGAGUUUAUCUGGGACCCUUGGCUCAACUCCACCAGCCUGUUCGGCCAAUUGGCUCGAUUCCGGGAACGCCCUGGCUCUGCUGAUUACGAAAGACUUGUCCGAAAAGAGGGAAGGGACUCACCUGCCCUCAUCGUCGCCGGUACUCCUGGCCUUUGGGCAGCCCGGCAGGGCGGCGAUCGUUAUUUGGAGCUCUUCAGAGAAGGCAUCAAUAACCUCAUGCCGUAUCUGCACCGCGAUAUUGACCAUUUGGUACUGCUACCUGAAAGUGAAUCCCGAUCACCUUUCGAGCAAUUGUCCAACCAUGUGCUCGUUGCGCCUGUUCCGGUUCCAGCUUAUGACAAGCUUUUGGGCCUUCGGUCACAAACAAUAACACCCGAGAAAAUCGACGCUAUGAACUGGAAUUUGGAGCACCUUCGGACCGCCGAGCACUCGCAUGUUCUUGCAAGUUACAAUGCCAUGGUGGACGGUCAUGAUGAUGCCUUCCUUGAUGACGGACUUCACGCAAUCGAUAUUGUGGCCGAAAGGAAGCUCGACAUUGUCCUUAACGCCCACUGCAAUGCUGGUUUGGUCAGACAGGGCUAUGCAAACCAAAUCACUUGCUGCGCUCCGUAUCCUUCUCUUUCGAGAAUCCAAGUGUUGCUUCUUGGCCUGAGCAUAUUAGCAUUGCCUGUUUUGUUCCUGGAUCGAAAGCAGGAUGCAUUUCCAUCUAUUCACACUUCUCAAGUGAUGGACAUACUCCUUGCGACGGCAUCGUUGGUAGCUGUCGCUGUCUACUGCCUGCUGACCGAUCGAACUCACCUUUUUAUCAAGCAUGAUAAGUACUUUGAUGCGUUAAACUUCAUCAUUCCUUUGAUUGGCCUAGGUGUUCUAGCAGGUCUUUCCCUUCGCGCACGUCCGCCUGCUCUGUCGUCAUCGAGAGGCCUUAUUGCAACCUCAUUUCUAUCACGAGAACAGACGGAUGAAUGGAAAGGUUGGAUGCAGGCCUUCAUCCUAUUGUACAACUACCACGCAGCGUCCGAAUCAUUGGCAAUGUAUAAGGUGCACAAGUUUUUGGUGGCAACCUACAUCUUCUUGUCUUGCUACGGUCAUACCACCUAUUUUCUUCGUACCGAGGACUUCUCGCUGCGCAGGGUCACCUACGUCUUGGUUCGACUCAACCUACUUAGCUGCGUCCUCGGCCUAGCAACAUCUAGCGAAUGGAUCAUCUACUCCGCGCCACUCAUGACGUUCUGGUUCGGAGUUACCUUCGCAACUUUGGCCUGUUUCAGGUCUCUCAAUGGGAAUCCGGUAGCUUUUUUCCUCAAAGUUGUUGUACUUGCAACCUGCAUAAACUUCCUAGUGCAAAGUACCCACCUUCCCGAGAUGUUCUUGCGAAUCCUCAAGUUAACUAGCAGCAUACACUGGGAUGUGGAUAUUUUACGCUCACAUUUCGCUCUUGAUCGGUUUAUACCAUACUUUGGCAUCCUCACUGCUGCUGCUGUGCAUCGAGUAUCAGUCCUUAAACGCCGUCAUCAUGGCAUCAGCGGCUGGGCUCCCUUUAAAAGAAGCAACGACGCGCUGGAUCGUGGACUUUUGGAGAUCGCGUACCCGGAACGAGAUGCGAUACCGCUGAAGCCGAUAGUGAUCUUCUUCGCCAUCGCUUAUUUCAUUGUCUUCAUCAUAUUGGCAUUUGCGGCGCAGGUUUACCAGAAUAACGAUUCCUACAACACAUUCCACCCCUAUACCAGCCCAUGGUUCGUCUUAUCGGCCAUCAUAACGCGCAACUCAUUCCACGGUCUACGUCAACUUCAUAUUUCACUUGCUGCGGCAUUGGGCCAAAUGUCUCUUGAGACGUAUGUUCUUCACCACCACAUCUGGCUGGCAAGCGACGGUGCUGGAGUCUUGGGGAUCGGGCGCCAGGGCUACCUUCCCAGGUCAGCUGAAAUCAUCAUCAUCGCCACUGUAUUCCUUUGGACAUGUGCCAAGAGCCACAGUGCUACUCGGCGAAUCGCCUGCCAUUUGACGGGUACAUUGUUCCGGGAGGACGUGGAGCACGUCACUUUGGGGCGGCCCGUCAAGGAUGGUAAAAAGAGCCCUGUUCCGUGGCAGACUGCAGUGGCAGCAGAGAAAGCAGAGAAGGCGACGGAGAGUGCAACAUUUGACGGCGCGUCUGUCUCGAGGGGCGCUCUGAAGCUGAGAAUUGUGGUACUGUUGGCAAUGUUAUGGUUGGGAAACGCGAUCUACGGAACUUGA